AUGGAGGUUAGCUAUGUAGGAGCCAAGGACCUUUACCACGCGACAGCCACGUCGAUUGCGAACUCUGAGCGCAAGAAGGCUGCGGCAUCGUCCAGGGCCAGCACCGAGUCGGGUCGCGACUCCAUUGUGCCUCCCAAGAACCGACUGAGCUUCGCGACCAAGGUGCUUCAGUCGGGUAGGAAGCGCCCCCCGACGGGCAUCAACACCACGACGCAAUCGCAGUCCCCAUCCCCACCGGGUCCCAUGACGGGCUCGGGAAGACUGACGGCGGGCUCGCGUCCAGACAUGCACGCGCACUCGCUGGACGAUGACCGUCUCCGGGUGAAGUACUCGGACGCCAUUUCCCGUGUCUUCAGGUGGAGCGGCGAGCACCGGAGGGCGGUCUCAGAGGGCACAUCACCGGUCGAUGGGCCGGGCGCGGAACCCCGAACCGUGGCGACGCCCACCACCGCGAAGACGGUGUCAUCCAUGUCGUCCUCCGGUACCGGGUCGCCCGUGACGGCGGCCAACUCGCCGAACAGGAUGGCCAGGCGUUCGGUGCAGAACCUCGCGGCCCACGUCAGGAGGACGGCAAGCGUGAUGGUGCAGUCCAAGGAUGAGCGACGGAGGGAGAAUCUUAGGCAGAGCAUCCGGGUGAUUCCGGAGGGCAGCGCAACAUAA